UUGAAUCGUUGCAAUUUUUCUACAUAUUGCCCAAUUUUUUUGACUUGUGUCUUUAAAAAUAUCUUCGUUCUGUUUCCUCAUACUUCAGAUUCCUCUUCCGGGCCAAAAAAACAAAGUUGUGUUUUUGCUUUCUGGGUUCUUGAUUUCAAUACGUAAUUUUCAUCUGGGCAUCUGUUAAUUCUCCUUCUAAUCCCAGCUUAUCGUUAACCUUAAUUUCCCCGGGGAAAGCUUGUGUUUGAUAUAUUUGGUUGGACCAAUUUAAGUUAAGUGAAUAUCAAAAUCUCCAAAGAUCUUUCCAUUUUCAAUCUCAACCUCUGUCUUAAUCCUGAUUUUCACUUUAUCCUCUCUUUUUUUUUUUUGCAACAUUAGAGUUUUGUGUGUUGCAGCUUUAUUCGGUGUGUAAGAAAAAGACUUAUAAGCAGUUGAAGUGGUGGUUGAGGGUUCGGUUUCGUUUCCACGAGAUUACUUUGGGUUUCUUGUUGCUCUUUCCACAAGAAAGUGUUGUUGUUUUCUUCUUCUUCUUCUUGUGAUUUCUUCGCCUAAUUUUUUUUUUCUGGAUUUAAAUACUCGAGAAAUCAAGGUGAAAAAUUAUCCAAGUCUCUGAAUCUGUGUUUUAAUGGAACCAUCAUCUGGAGUCGGUCCUGAAAAGAGACCAACCGUUGACUUGGUCAAGGAUAAAAAUGGAACCGAUCAGAUUCUUCUUCAGAAUCCUAAAGGCGCUUCUGUCAAGAUUAGUUUACAUGGAGGACAAGUUCUUUCUUGGAAGACUGAGAAGGGUGAUGAAUUGUUAUUCACCAGCACCAAGGCCAACUUGAAGCCUCCCCAUCCGGUACGAGGAGGAAUCCCUAUAUGCUUUCCUCAGUUUGGAACUCGGGGAUCACUUGAGCAACACGGUUUUGCAAGAAACAAGAUAUGGCUUGUGGAAAACAAUCCACCCGCUUUACCUUCAUUUGACCCUACCGGCAAAGCCUUUGUCGAUUUGGUACUUAAGUCAUCUGAUGAAGACACGAUGAGGAUCUGGCCUUACAGCUUUGAGUUUCAUCUUAGAGUCUCAUUGGCGUUAGAUGGAAACCUAACACUGAUAUCACGAGUCAGAAACAUCAAUUCAAAGCCUUUUAGCUUUUCCAUUGCUUACCACACUUACUUCUCCAUUUCCGAUAUUAGUGAAGUUAGACUUGAAGGGCUGGAAACUCUUGACUAUCUUGAUAACUUGCACGAUAGAGAGCGGUUCACGGAGCAAGGCGAUGCAUUAACCUUUGAAUCCGAGAUCGAUAGAGUGUACCUAAAUUCUAAAGACGUGGUUGCUGUUUUCGACCAUGAAAGAAAACGCACAUUCCUCAUCAGGAAAGAAGGUCUACCUGAUGUCGUGGUAUGGAAUCCAUGGGAGAAGAAAGCGAGAGCAUUGACGGAUUUGGGAGAUGAUGAGUAUAAACACAUGUUGUGUGUUGAUGGAGCAGCCAUUGAGAAACCUAUCACUUUGAAACCGGGUGAAGAAUGGACCGGUAAAUUAAACCUUUCGCUUGUUCUUUCCACCUGAAAAACCGGUACCGGUUAUCUCAAACCGAUUCUUCUCUGCGUCUUUCAUUAUCUUGUGGGCUAUUUUUUUUGUAUAGUCUAUAGAACAUCACAGUGUGUGUGAUUUCUUCGGUAUUAAAAAUCCGAAAUAUUAAAAGGAAACCUGAGAUUUGAAAAGGUCACCCAUUUUUAGGAAGUGACUAGAUCCUGGUUUUGAUUUAACUUGUGUAUGAAGAUAAUGUUAUACUAUUUACUAUUAAAUGAAAUUUGUAUUUAUUUUAAUUUUUA